AUGUCGCAAGUCAAAGCUUCACCCAGCGCUGCUCCAACUCAGUUUUCUCUGCACGACCAAGAGCUCCACUCUUCUGCGAAUCGCAUAAUGACUCGUCGAGCAAGCAGAUCUGCUCAAUCUCAACAGCAUCACCCGUCUGUGCCGCUUAUUGUCAAGACUAUUGCGGACGACGAGAACAGCGUCGUUCCUUUGGACAAUGAUGGUUCGACAGCCGCUGCAGCAGAAACCACAACGGCGACGACGACGACGACAGUAACAGCAGCAGCAGCAGCAGCUGCUGAUUCGGAUGGUGGAAGCCAUCCUCGUAUGGCAACACGUUCCCGUUCGAUUGAUUUAAAUCAAUCCGCUACCUCUUCUGCAGAAGAAUCGUCAUCCACUACUACGCCUACGCCUACGAGUCCAUCACCCAAUACAGCGAAACAACAACAACAACAACAACAACGGCGUAGUACGAGCACUAGCACCCAUCAUGCUACUACUACAUCCAAAACGAGAGCAAAGAAGACUCGCAAGAGAGGUGUUAAAGCAUCGCUAUCUCCCACCGUUGCCUCUGCAACAUCAACAAAACGGGGACGCGAAGAGCGAGGGAGUCGACGGCGAAAUGCCAAAGACACUUACAACAACACAUCCUCUGCUGGUGCUGCUGAAACAACUCAGUUGGAUGCAGUCAAACUGCAAAAGCUUGCUGAACUGGAUGAGCUAGAAAAGACGGUUUUGGACGGCACACACGCCGAAUAUCGCGAGCGCAUGGCGCACGCCGAAAAGAAACGAAUGCAUGAGAUGAACAACGCAAAGUUAAGGCGUGAUCUGGAAGAAGCAGAUAUCCGAUAUACCUUUGAUGCUUUCAAGAAAGCUGCCUAUGACCAAUUCUACGUAAGCCUAUCCACUUGUCCCGAACGUUAA